ACACGGGGCAGAAGGCAGCAGAGUCCAGCAGAGACGACAUCACACAGGCAUGGCUCACUGGGGAUGCUUCCUCCUGCUCUUCCUAGGUCUGGGCAGUCUCUCCUCCUCUGUGCCACGUCAGUUCCAUGUGGUGAAGGAGCAGAAGAACUGGACAGAAGCUCAGCAGUACUGCAGAGAGGAGUUCACUGACCUCGCCACCAUAGACAACAUGACAGAGAUGGAGAAGGUGAAUCACACGAUCCAUGAAGUAAGUGCUGAGAAUGGAAAUAGAGCUGCCUGGAUCGGCUUGUUCAAACAGAAUGAUGCCUGGAAGUGGUCAGAUGGCAGCAACUCCUCAUUCCGCAAAUGGAACACUGGAGAACCCAAUAAUGGUGAUGGGAAGGAAUUCUGUACUAAAAUUCUGAAUCCCUCCGGUGCUUGGAACGAUGCAGGUUGUGACCAUCGUAGUCACUUCAUUUGCUAUGAAGGUGAGUCACUGUCCAUUUUCUCUGCUUGGAAUGGACAGUGUGGACAGUGUGUCACAGACAACAUCAUCACCAUGAGCUGCUGAAGAUCAUGAGAUGAUGUGCUGAUGAAGGAGCGGCCGUAAUGGUGGUACUAGCUCCUAAUGGUGGUACUAGCUUCUAAUGGUGGUCCUCUCUGUGAUGGUACUGUCUCUAUGGUAGUAGAUUUUAGGAGGGCUAGGACAAAGUUGAACACUAUCUCCAUCAUGGGGGAAGAGGUGGAGGUAGUGGAAAACUACAAAUAUCUGGGUGUACAUCUGGAUAACAAACUGGACUGGAAGUGCAACACUGAGGCUGUUUAUAGGAAGGGACAGAGCAGACUAUACUUCUUGAGGAAGCUUAGGUCUUUUAAUGUGUGCAGCAGAAUGUUGAACAUGUUUUACCAGUCUGCUGUUUCUAGUACUAUUUUCUUUGCAGCCAUCUGCUGGGGUACCAGUAUCAGGGCAAAUGACACCAAAAAACUCAACAAGUUAAUUAAAAGA